AUGAGUAUCCUCAAAAUCCAAAGCCUUAAACCUCAAUUUCCUUCUACUUUCCAAACUGUCCCUCGUCACUCCCUUUCUCAUGCCCUCAAGUUCUCCUUCAGAUAUUCCACUUCUGACUCUUCUUCCUCUUCUUCUUCAAUUCUUUCACCACUUACUUCCAUCAGACCCACCUUCAAAAUCUUCACUGUUUCAAGUAUCGGAGCUCCAUUUUUUGACAACUAUAAGGGAGAAAGAGAAGAAGAGAGGAAUGCAGCAACCAAUUUAGCAGAAUUCGAGGACUUGGCUCCAGAUGGCGUGGUUUACCAGAAUACACUGAGAUUGGUGGAGUGUUCAAUGUUUGCUUCUGUUACUGGACUUGUUUAUUUCUUGAGCAAUUCUCUCUCAAUUGAGAAUUACUUCGGAUGUUUCUUCUCAUUGCCGAUAGUAAUCUCUUCUUUGAGAUGGGGUGUUGCAGGUGGAAGGAAGACUGUGGUGGCGACUGCUAUGCUCUUGUUUGUUUUGUCUGGUCCGGUGAAAACCUUAACCUAUCUGGAUGGGAGCCAAUUGGGGUCUUUCGAUUUUCUUGUGCACCAUUGCUCGGGCAACUGGUGCCGUGGGAUCACCAUAAAUAUUCAUGCUUCCCUCACGUUCAUAUUUGCUGCCACUGGUAUUAAUACCGUUCCAUCAAUGAAUUUCAUAUAUGCUCUAUUUAGUAUUCUGGUCGUGCUAAAUAGUGGAUUCUUUGUAUUCUUAUUACACCUCCUAUAUUCGGUGUUCCUCACACGACUUGGGAUGAAGGAUUCACUGAGGUUGCCAAGAUGGCUGGAGAAGGCCCUGUAA